AUGCGUCGUACCGGUGAGAAGAGCCGGGCGGGGCGGCGGGAGCCGUGCCCCGCCGCCCCCCGCAGCAUCGGCGGGCGGGCCGUGCUGGGAGUGCUCACGGAGAACCGGCAGCAGCGGCCCGGCGGCCAGGGUGCUGCUGUUACCAAACACUUCCCUGGCUCUGAAAACAUCAUCCCUUCAUCUGAAAAAGAUGAAGUGCCCAACUGCUUGUUCAAUGCUGCAUCGAAGCAAGGGUUUGCUAUCUACAUAGAUGAUCUAGAAGAUAAAGAAAACUACAGCUACCAAAUGUCUGAAGAGCUGGAAUCAAGCCAGUGUGACCUGGAUACUAGUGCAAUGACAUCCAGUAUUCACCUGCUGCUGGAUCUGAGUUCAGGAUCUCCUAUGGUAGUGGACACAUCCUUCCAGUCCCAACCUGAGGAUCACAUGGAAGAUGUCAUAACUCUGACUGUGGAAGAGUAUGCAGAAGACAUCCAUCAGUACCUCCGAGAGGCUGAAGUAAGAUUCAGGCCCAAGCCCUAUUACAUGAAGAAGCAGCCAGAUAUCACAACAGGAAUGCGUGCCAUCUUGGUAGACUGGCUGGUGGAAGUAGGGGAAGAGUAUAAACUUCGGACAGAGACUUUGUACUUGGCGGUGAACUUCCUGGACAGGUUUCUUUCCUGCAUGUCUGUUCUUAGAGGGAAGCUGCAGCUUGUAGGAACAGCAGCAAUUCUUCUGGCUGCGAAGUAUGAAGAGAUCUACCCACCAGAAGUGGAUGAAUUUGUCUAUAUAACAGAUGAUACCUACACAAAGAAGCAGUUGCUAAGAAUGGAGCACCUGCUUCUCAAAGUGCUAGGUUUUGACCUAACAGCCCCAACCAUCAACCAAUUCCUCCUUCAGUAUAUUCAGAGGCGUGGAGUCUGUAUGAGGACAGAGAACUUUGCAAGGUAUCUUGCAGAGCUGAGUCUUCUUCAAGCUGAUCCUUUUCUGAAGUACCUUCCUUCACAAAUUGCUGCAGCAGCCUACUGUCUAGCAAACUAUACAGUGAACAGAUCUUUCUGGCCGGAAACACUUGCUGCAUUCACCGGGUAUUCAUUAAGUGAGAUAGUGCCUUGCCUGAGUGAUCUGCAUAAAGCAUGCCUUGAUGCUCGCCAUUGCCAGCUGCAAGCUAUUAAGCAGAAGUAUAAGCACACUAAGUACCUGCAGGUGUCUCUUCUGGAGCUCCCAGCAGUUCUUCCUCUACAGUAGAGACUGGAUUCUGGACCUGAAGAUUACAUUGCCCAAUCAACAAAGCUGGUCUAACAUUUCAUAGAGCACUGCAGGUCAUGUGUCUGUAACCAUAGUGAUCUGAAUGGUUUUAAGCUUAUAUUUUUUAAUGAGAUACCUUUUUUAAAGAGGAUAUUAGACUAUAGCUCUUAACAUAACUGAUAGCACUUUUAAUAAAUCAAUAAAUAAAUAUUAAACUCUACUUCUGUGAAGCUUCUGACUCCAAAAAAUAUUUGCAGUAAUAGUAAGUGGAAUAAAUUGUGGGGUGUUUUUCUGUGUUGUUUGCAGUGUUUUUGUUGAGGUUUUGUUUGGUUGUUUGUUUGUUUGUUGGGUUUUUUUACAAAAUUACUGUAAGCAGAAUUUAUAAGCUGGCUGGAGUGGAUAAAGCAUAGCUUGAACAAACACAACCUGACAUUUUCAUAGACACAGGUUAUUUGCUGCAGUCUUCUUUGUUUCCUCCUCUUCUAUGAGACAAGAUCACAUAGCCAUGAACAGAAGCUAUUUUCUGCAACUUUUUUACCAUAUCGGACUGAAAACAUCCACUAUGAACUCAGAACAUAUUUAUACCAGAUCAUCAAUUUUGAGGUAAAAGUCAGACUUCCCUUUAUUGAGGCAAAAUAGGGGGAGUGCUCUGCAAGGAGCUAGAGGAAGGGAGACUGGCUGGCAGAGCUUUAGGAACACUUCAAACACUGGUGGACAGACUGCAGUAGAGAGCAAUGUUAAAAGCUGUGAGGUACUGGGACAAUGGAAUUGAGCUACAUGGCUCCUGAGUUAUACUUGUGGCAUGGAGUAGUCUUACAGCAUAGCUGUCUGAGAUGACCAUUUAUGCCACUAGAGCACUGCUAAAUUUGUGAAGGGAGGGUGAACUAUUAACUAUCUUAGCCUGAGCUGUUACACUGUCUUGUGUCCCGCUGUCAGUUAUUUGUUAGGUAAUGUUUAAAAAAAAAAAACCAACAAAACAGAGUACACCCAAAACAAAAAACCCCACACUACCUUGUGUCCUAUUAAGCAUAUAGUACCUGUCCAAAGUAUUUAAAAAAUCAAUCAGUUGGUCACAUUGGCUAACAUUUUAGAGAACUAUAAUCCAGUCAUCUAAAUGGCAAGGUAGGUCUGAGGCAUUCAUUGACUGCAAGAGCUUAAAAAUUUCUGUGCUUACUGCUUCCUAAGAGCCACCUGUACAGUGUUUCCCAGCAAGAAUAGGCUUAAUGCUUGACAUCAAUACUCAGUUCAGCAGACAUACUAAGUAUGAACUAAAAAGCCUCUUACUUUGAUUUAAAAACCUGAUUAUACCAGUGUGUGUCAUGACACUCUUAGCUUCAGGGGUUUCACUUCUGUUAGUGUGUGUAAGUCUUUCUUCCUCUUACUUUCUCCCUGUGCAGGCUCGUGAAUCCCCCUAGUAAUGCAAACCCUUGUAUUCCACCAAAGUGGAGAUAUUGGUUAUGAGAGAUUUACUUGUCUCAAAGUAAAUAUCCUUUAAGGGAGAGGAGCAUUCCAUUUCAGUCUGCUAUAGUCUCUUGCUUCAAACAUCUUCCAGUCAAGUAAAUGAAUCUUUCUUGAUAUUUACUGAUGACAGAAGUGACAAGAUAUCCCGUGUUCAUGUCUGCUGUAUCCACUUUGUGGUGGGGGCCUAGAUCCAUAUAUUGUGUCCAUGCAAUGAAUUUCAUGGCUUGUAGAUGUAUGUCUUAAAGAUGGGCUACAAACUUCACUCAAUACCUGCAGCCAACUUCUUUACUGUGUCUCAGUACAAAGCUCUGAGUCAGUGGUGCCUAAUUACACCAGACUGUGGUGAAUUUCUUGGUUGCCUGUUUCACAGGGAAAUGGUAGUGUACUGGGCAAGAGUCUUGCUAAAUCUACGCAGAUUGAGUACCAGCUUGUUUAUGGGGCUUUAGGCUGAACACAAGGUGUCUUGAAACCUCAUGUUAAUAAGACUUACUCUACUUGUAAGAAUGCUUGCUGAAUUGCAAUUACUGUAGUGCUGGGUAUUUUUGAAGCAGUAAUAAACAUCUCAAGUACAGGACUGUUUUCCUAGUAUUAUAGCAGCUUGCAAGUAUUUAUAUGGUCAUGGUACAACAGUAAUGGGGAAGAGAUGAGUUUUGUUCUUAUGAACAGCCUAUAACCACAGCCAUGUGUCAUGUUCCUGAGCCAACAGAUUUGGUGUAUCUAACAAAGUAGGAGGUGUCUGGGUCUGAAUUUACUAAAUGUUUUAAUAUGUGGACUCUUCCUACAAUCCUAACUUCGUUCUGUUUUACUUUCUUAGGUUUUACUUACAGCUGCAAGACAUUACAAUAGUUGCACUUAACCUUUUUGGAGCUUCAGUUCUUUGAGCAAGGAAAAAAGUCUUACUGCUCCUGUAUGAGUAAGCCUUGACUCUUUCAAGGUGAAAACUGAGUGCCAGCUCCUCUCUCAUUCAGUGUGAAUUAUCACACUUAACUUUGACCUCCCCCUCAUGUGGGCUGUUCUCUGCAGAUGAUAACCUGAGAUCAAGGGACAAGAGAUGCUCCAGUUGGGCAUGAUGUGGUAACAAAGAUGAAAUAAUGCUGUUUUAAUAAGAUGAAAUGUUUGAAUGCAGAUGCAAAAACACUUGAGUACUAAAAGAUGUACUGAAAAUCGGGUAUAUGAGAAUAUGGAUUUAUAAGGAGGGAGACGAAAGCAACCCAAAAUGAAGCUUUAAGUUUUCAUUGAUGUAGUGCCUGUGCUAUACUGAAAAACUAGGAGAUAUAAAGCUCACAGCUUUGUGCAAUGUUUGAAACAUCACUAGACUUCUUGAAGACAGCCGUAUCCUGGAAAAAAAAUAAAGGGGAGUCAGUGUUAAAGCCUAAACAGAGGUAGUUUCCAUUUUUGACCAUCCUGCUUAAUGGCUUGUAGACCACAAAUAAGGCCUCAUGGUUUUUUGUUCAGUUUGCAGUUUUGGAAGUGUCAAGGAUAAUCAUGUUCAGUUAACUGUUGUGAAGAUCAGUCUCUGAAUGUCAGAAUAUGUAUUUCAAAGGCUAAAUAUUGACUUCCUCACAGGUCACAGCAUCUUCCCCCAUUUAAUGUGUACUGGGAUGAUAUGCCAGGAGUAAAACCUACUGGUGGGACAGCAGGUUGAGCAUAUCCAAGGAGCUCAGUACUUAGUGGAGUAGGUUGGAGCUGAGUGGUGUUGAGGAUUUUAACUUUGACCCAUGAUGCUCAAUUCAAGAAAUCUUUAAUGGUAUUAAAACAAACCACUCCCUAAUCUUAUUCUAGCAGUUUCUGUAUUAUAAUGGUGUGACUUUCAAGAGACCCAAAUGUGCUGUGGUUGUAUGAUCCUGUUUUUAAUGUGUUGCAGUUGACUUUUUUUAUCAGUAAUUUCUAACGUUAAAUAUUGUAACUG